AUGUAUAUAGUAUUUGCAGUUUUGUUUGCACUUGCUACAGCAUCGUCGUUACGGCCAAAUAAGCAAUACAGAAAUGACUAUGUGUACAACCCUAAGACGGAUGCCUUCUACAAGCUGCACAUUGAAAUGGUUUGGAUCGGCCGAGCUCAGACUGUGUGCCAAGCCGAGGGCGCUCAUCUGAUGGUGCCGAACCGACAUGACAUCGUUCAGUUACACGGCAUGCUGAAAGAGUUCCCCGAUAUAGGCGAUCUCGUAUGGGUCGCCAACGAUGGCCUAGCCCACGAGUCCGCCGAGGAGCAGCAAAUAAUAAACUUGCAGGAUCCAAUGGACAUGUCGUUUUCGUACAAGGGCGACUGCGAAGUGGUGAAUCGACAGGGCGACAUACAGACAUGCCAUUGUUACCGCCUGUUACCUUUCAUCUGCAAAGCCGACGCGGCGACCGUGGCCUACGACCCUCACUGCAAAGUCUAUAGUACAGGAUAUCAAUAUUACGAGAGCGUCGGGGGCUGCUACAAAAUCCCUAGGAUCGCGAGCUCCUGGAACGAAGCCUACCAGGAGUGCCGUGCCGAAGGUUCUCAUCUGGUCGUGAUCAACUCUAAAGCGGAACAGCAGCUCAUAUACAACAUAACAAACUCUGCGCCGCCUGUGGAACGUGCGAUGGCGACCUGGUUCUUCUUUGCCGGCUUCAGAGCGCACAAAACCACCAAUAAUUCACCAAGAGUCUUUAAGACUGUAUUCAAUCAAACUUUGGAGGAGGCCGGUUUCGCGGAAUGGUCGCCCGACGAGCCCAACAAUGCGGGUGGCAACGAGUACUGCGGUACGAUAUUCAAGAACAACGCCAAAUACAACGAUAUCGAUUGCUCGCACCUCUACGCAUUCAUCUGCGAGAAGGAAAUUGAAUCUAACCGCACU